AUGGAAUCAAGUCAUGUAAUAUCCAUUACAAAUGAAGAGGAAGAAAACAACAACAAUAUAACUCAAAUGAAGAAAAAUAAAACCAUUGUUCCAAUUACUUCCUAUCCAGGAGACAUCAAAAAUUAUAAUAAGCAGAAAAAAAGUGAGCAAGACAUCAAGAAAUUGAUUCAUAGCACCAAAGUUGGAUUCUCACUUGUUUUGGUUUCACUUCUUUAUAUUUUGAAUCCUCUUUUUGAUCAAGUUGGUGAAAAUGCAAUGUGGGCUAUCAUGACUGUCGUUGUCAUCUUUGAAUUCAAUGCAGGAGCUACACUUGGAAAAGGGUUCAACCGUGGAAUAGGGACUAUUGUUGGAGGAGGAUUGGGAUGUUCAGCUGCAAUAUUGGCACAAAAAAUUGGAGGAGUUGGUAACUCAAUAUUCAUUGGAUCAUCAGUGUAUAUUCUUGGAUCAUGUGCUACAUAUUUUCGAUUUGUUCCAAGAAUAAAGAAGAGAUAUGAUUAUGGAGUAGUGGUAUUUAUGUUAACAUUUAAUCUAGUAGUGGUAUCUGGAGCAAGACCUGGAUUUAAAGUUUGGGAGAUUGCAAGAGAACGUUUGUUGAAUAUUUUGAUGGGAUUCAUUGUUGCAAUUUGUGUGAGUUUGUUCGUUUUUCCAACGUGGGCCAGUGAUGAACUUCAUGAUUCUAUUGUUGAAAGGUUUCAUCAUCUUGCUAAUACAAUUCAAGGUUGCUUAGAGGAAUGUUCAAAAUCAGUCAAAGAGAAGGAAAGUCAACUAGAUACCAGCUUCACAGUUUGCAAGUCAGUGUUGAACUCCAAGUCAAAAGAUGAAUCAUUGGCAAAUUUUGCAAAAUGGGAACCUUGGCAUGGAAAAUUUGGAUUUUCCUAUCCAUGGGAAAAGUACUUAAAAAUUGGAGAAGUUCUUCGAGAACUAGCUGCACUUAUUCUUGCGUUGCAAUGUUGCAUCCAUGCCUCAAAAAAGCCCACAGCAUCUUUGAAGCAGUGUGAAACAAUUGGGUCAAAUGUUGUAUGGACUCUACGAGAAGUUGGAGAUAGCAUGAAACAAAUGAGGAAAUGUGAAGAAAGGGACAACAUUAUAACUAACUUGAAAACAACUAGAGAAGAGUUGAGUUUGGUGAUUUCUAUUUCCAUGGUUGAAGAAUUUGAGAAUGAUGAAAGGGUAGCAAUUGCAAGUUUGGUGUUUUUGCUAAUGGAAGUGGUGGAGAAGGUAGGUGAAUUGGUUAUUAAGGUUGGAGAACUUCAAGAUGUAGCGGGUUUUCGCACCCUCGUAACUCCGGUGUCUAUGUAG